AUGGCAGUAUCGGUUUUCGCAACUUUGCUGGGCUUAUUCAUAAUCGCUGGAAUAGUAGAAGGUGAUGAUCGCAGUUUUAUGAUGGAGCUAACGUUGAAUUCGCUGACUGCUCGUGUCAACAAUAUUGAACAACGUCUCGAUAAAACGGCCGAACAAUUGCGAAUGUUUGAGGACAAUUUACGAGUAGUACGUGCUGAAAGAUGCCAGAAUUGCCUUCAAGGUCCAGUAUGUCCUAUAGGUACGCCCGGCCGUCAAGGAAUGCCCGGAAUGCCCGGUACUGCUAUCCAUCCACUCUUUGUUCACGAAUUGCAACUAAUUGCAUAG